GAUUUUAAGAUUAGUGUUAGAUAUUUCACUAUUAAGGUGACUUGCAACAUUACAAAUUUUCAUACUGGUUUUGUUACCAAAAUGAAAUAGAGAUUACUUUUUAAACCAGUGAAUUAUAUAAUAUAGUUAGCAAGUAUGUCUCGAGGACAGAGCGCCUUUGGUAUUGUUGGAAGCUCAGGUGGACUCCAGGGUGCGUUUCAUUUGAGGCAGUCGGAAGUGUCGGAGACAACAAGCAUCAGUUCUAGCGACAAACACAGCAGCAUUCCAGAACUAACCAGAGCAGAGGAAUUAGCAAUCAAGCGAGCCAGCGCUACUUUUGCACCAAUAGGACAGGGUGGAGGUAGCGAACAAGGAAGAAUGACGCAAAACGCUGAAGAUUUUGUUGCGAGUUGGAGGCCGUCAGACGACUUGAUGAUGAGCCUGGAACGAGCGACUGGUACCCGGCAGACAGCCGAUUGGGAUGGUGACGGAAUAGAGGUUUCACAGCCACAUUUGAACCCUCCUGUAGAAAUGAUUCCAUCUCAUGUGAGAGGUAGCACACCUGAUAGUGUUGCAAGCUCUGGAAAUUUCCGACUCAGCAAUGCACGUGGGGAACAUCGAGAUCUCACAGUCAGAAAUCUUCAAGAAAAUGCGGAACAUAGAACUGAUAAUCCAUCAUGGAAUAUGGCUAAGUCAACACGGGCGUUCGUGCAGCAUAUUACGUCUGAAGAUAACAGGCCGAGCACUUCAGCGGAAGAUGUAAACAUCGAGAUGAGGCGAAAUAGACUGGAUGAGACGGAUGGGCCUACGCGUUAUAACACGAAAGAAACAGAUGAGAAAAAUAGACUUUUCCUGCCGAAAUGUGUACUCCUUUUGGUGGUUGUGAUGAUAGCUUUAGCUGGAAUUGUUGCACUUAUAGUCUUCUUUAAACAAGACAAACCAGAUGGAAGGAGAGGCAAUAUUAUACCUGAUCCAAUAACAGAGGUUGAAUGUCCAAGCAGGUCGUUCAACCUAGGAGACAACUUAAAUUUCACGUGCACUUUUGACGUGCAGCACAGUUACAGAAAAAUAUUACUUGAAGCAGAAACUAUUCAUGUGAUACCAAAGAAUUUGGCUUUUACAGGCAAUUCCCUGGACUAUAACGUGACAAAUUACACCGACACCAAUCGUCGUACCUUCUAUUUCACUGGCAAUGGUCUAACUGCAAGAUGUAGCUCUGAAGGAAGUUAUGAUGUCAUAUUUUUUAACAAAAACAGAGAAAAUAUUCACAUUGCAAAUGUAAUAUUUUCAAUUAAAGCAUCUUCUCUGACGUCUACAUUUAAGCAGAGGCAGUUGACGGGAGAAAGCUGUUUAAGGUCCGAGUUUGAUGCAACUUGUGAGCUAAAAAACGACUGUAAUAACUACCAUACAACCAUGUUCAGAAGGAAGAAUGGACGAGAAGAAAGCCUGAAUCGUUACAUGACAUGUGACAGAAACUACACCGACACCGAUGGUUACAUGGUUAGUUGCUCGGCAACCAUUCCCGAUGACUUAGUAGAAAACUAUGUAUCCCUUGGCUGUAAAAUGGUAACCGCGCUUCAAAAUGACAAACCCCAUAAAUUGGAAAAAACGUUCGAGUUGCCAAGCUGUGGUGUGAAACCAAGUUGUCAUACGUACAUACCUAACAAUCCUAGGCCAUUCAAUUGUUCAGAAAAAGGAAGAGAUAUUGAACGUUUGAACAACGCAACAUGUGAUUUUCCGGUUCUGACAAGCUGUUUCAAGCCAGGACGUCAGAUCUUUAAGGGAAUUUACAAGGAUCAUCUGAACAAUUUAACAUGUUCUGAGGAACACACAGUGCCCGUAUGCAGACUGUCUUGGUGUAGAGAUUACAAUUAUGUUGUUAAGAACGAGAUACCAGGUGUCGCUUUAUGCCGACAAACUUAUGAUGAACCUUACGUUACACCGCCGACUGAAGCACCGACUAUUGAUAACUAAAAUAUUCUAAAUGAAGUGUCAUGUUGUAGUCUGUUACUUAUUAAGUUAAAACAUUACUUGCAUCUGUGACCAGCAAUUACUGAUACAAUGUAUUGCUGCAUUUUAUGAAGUCUCGUAUUCGGUGUACAUUAUGAUAACUACUUGUGUAUAGAAGUAUUUAUAUAUGUAUGUUUCAUCAAUUUUAUCAAAGUACAGAUAAAAGCGGUCUAUUGCUUUUAUUCAUGUGGAUCGAUCCACCAAGGCCUGUGGCUGGCCUCUAUAUAUUAAAAGAUAAUUGUGGAUGAGUACUACUGGCUGGUUUUAAGUGUCAGUAGGUCAAAGUUCAAGGUACCAGUAGAAAGCAAAUGGCCUCUGUUACUGUAGGACUCAGACGGUCAAACCUGAAACUGUUUCCCGAUCAAUGACUAGAGAAUGUUUUAUCCUUUGUCAGUCAAACGCCUGUACUAAGCAAACAACCAUUUUGGGUUUGGUAAAAGUGUUCAAAACGUCAAGCUCACAGUGACCCCGGCUAAUAACAAUUUAAGAUUAUCAACUGGAUAACGCGUGGGUCAUUAGCGUUUACGCGUAGUUGCUAACCUUCUUUGAUUUGUAAUUAGAUGACCCCUUCUGAUUUUUAUCUCGUUUGAUUUUUUAAAAAUAUCUACGAGGUAUUGUUGUCUGCGUCGGUUUUUUUGUUUAGAUCCAACUUUUCUUAAAAACUUUAAGAUCUACAGCUUUGAAACUUUGCAUAUUUGCACUCUUGUGUAUCGUCAUUAGAUCAGUAAGACCAUAGCUCUAACCUGCAUUCUGUCAGAAUUUUGGCCCUUUUGUAUUUGGAAAAUAUGUACAAUAACUCUUUUCUUGUAUACUGUUCGGCACUUGCAGGCGGUGUUCUUGUUGUUUGGUAGGUCUAUGUUAGAUAGAUUUAUAGACUAAAACGGGUUUCAUCAAUUACAAGGGGAGAUUCUUACUCAGAAUUUAUGCCUUUUGUAAAAUAAUGUCCACUUAAAUUUUGAGGAUCAAUAAGUCUGUAACCUUCUUCCGAACAAAAAUUAGGGUUAGGUUUAAUACACAACCUGCUACCUCCCAAAGGGAAUCAUGUUUUUUUUUUCGUUGCGUUGCAGGUAUUCACUAAGUAUUUGGACUCUUGAGUGCUUUUCUUGUUUUGUUUUGGUAAUGAACUGGUUUUAAAUGGUAAAAACUGCUAUUACUUACAUAUGUGUUAUGUUUACAUGAGAAUAAGUGAAAGCAGUCACUACACGUUUUGUAAAAUUGAUCAAUUAAUAUAUGCACUAUGUUAAAUGUAGUACGAAUGUUAUGUAAAUGUUUUAUACUUCCUGAAAUAUUUCUGUCUUUAAGAGUAAACGUUUGAUAACCCUUAACAGCCGAAGACAAUUGUUUGAUGCAAAGUUUUUUUCUAGAAACUCGUAUAAUAAAUAGUCCGUUUCCAAGUUUACAUUAAAAUGAUGUUAUUCUGUCCCCAGACAUUUGUCCUUCAUCCUAUGAAGCUGUUUGUUGCAUACUCGUACCAAGAUUUCAAGAUUUUAAGAUGUUAUUUCAUAACAAGAGGGUCAUGAUGACCCUGAAUCGCUCACCUGAGUAAUAUGAGCCACAUGUUUCAAAUGACAAACUGAUGUUAAAAUAUUAGAAAGUAGGUCAGUAGGUCACAUUCGUGGUCAGUGAAAGACAGUUUUAAGAUUGGUGUGCAAAACUGUACAUGUCAUCCAAAUUUCAAGGCUGUAUCUUUAAAAACAAGAAAGUAGGUCAGUAGGUCAAGGUCACUGUCAAUUGAUCUCUAAUCGCUUGGGUCAUCAGGUAAUUAUAAUUAAAUAGUCUAGGAAAUAUAACUCAUAAUUAUUACAAGCGACCCUCAGGGCGGGGCCUCUUUUCACCACAGUGGCAUAAUUUGAACAAACUUGGUAGAGGCCCAACAGGCAAUAUUACACACCAAAUAUCAAAUGCCUAGGCUUUGAACUUUUCAAGCAAGAAGAUCUUUUAUUUUUUUCCUAUAUUAGUCUAUGUUAUACUUGGUACCCCCUGGGCAGGGUCUCUUUUCACCCUAGGGACAUAAUUUUUAAAUUUUUGUUUCCUAUAAAAGUCUAUGUUAAACAUGAGACCCCCGGGGCAGGGCCUGUUUUCACCCAGGAGACAUAAUUUCAACAAUUUCGGUAGAGAACCACAUGGUAAUGCUACAAACAUAAUAUCAAAGGCAUAGGUCAUGUGAUUUAAGACAAGAAAAUUUUUGAAGUUCUUUACUAUAUAAGUCUAUGUAAAACUUGUGACUCCCGGGGCGGGGCCUCUUUUCACACCAGGGGUACAAUUUAAACAAUCUUGAUAGAGGUCCAUAAGAUGAUGUGACACGCAAAAUAUCAAGGCUGUACGCUUUGCGGUUUUAGACAAGAAUACUUUUAAAGUUUUUCUCUUGGUUGCUAUGGCAACCAGAGUUCUGCAUGGAAUUAAAUUCUUUGAACAAUUUUGAAAUGGGACCACCCAAGGAUGAUUCCUGUGAAGUUUGGUGUAAUUCUGCCCAGUGGUUUUCAAAAAGAAGAGUUUUUUUUAGAAAAUGUUGACGGACGCACGACUGACGACGCACGACUGACUACGGACGACGGGCAUUGAGCGGUCACAAAAGCUCACCAUAAGCCUUUGGCUCAGCUGAGCUAAAAUCCAGAUCAUAGAUCCAUGUGGCAAAAUACAGCAUUUAUUAGUAUAUGGUGACAGCAAACGAAAGUUAACAAUAUAGACCGUAAUCAUAUCUCAAAUGUGACGUAAAGUUUAUAACUAGUAAUUAUGCUGAUUGUAGCAAUACAGACAUUGGUCAUAUAAAAUAUACAUGUUUUGUAAAGUUGAUUAAUUAAUAUAUGUAUUAUGUUAAAUGUAUUACUGAUGUUAUGUAAAUGUUUGAUAUUUUCUGAACUAUUUAUAUUAUUAAAGAGUGAAAGUCUGAUAA